AUGGAAUUUCGUCUUAAAGAGAUCUUCAACACUCCUCACUAUGUGGAACGACGGGUUGAUCAGAGUGUCGUCGAAAUUGUCAUCGCCAGAAUUACAGCAGCUAUUAGAGAAACUGGCUGCAUUGAGACAUAUUCGGCUGAAUUAGUCGAUGUACUUGAUAGUUGUUUGAAUCAUCCAAUGACAGUGUUGAACUCUGAAGGAGAAUUGGUCGACUCACCACAUUGUAAAAUCGCCUCGGAUUUGCUAAGUAGUUUAUUUUUGCAUUAUGCAAAACGUUCAGUGAUGACGCUAACAUUGCCGGUUGCGAUGAAAGCUGUUGGGACAUCGAAUCAGGAACUGGUCAGGAAUACGACCAGUUAUAUCUCAUUGGCAGCUAUCCAUAACGGCAAAGCAUUGUCCCACUACGCCUUACAGAUCAUCUCCUACAUCAUCAACGGCAACCUCUCCCUGCUACGGGUUCUACCACAAGUGUACGCCGAUAAUCGUGAGCCUUUUCAUGCCCACAUUCCCCAACUGCUCUCAGUGCUUAGAGAUGCAGAUUGCUCAGAAAAACUAUCAUUACUUCAACUAGCCAGUAUGAUAGCCAAUGAAAAACCAGAUCUUCUUAUCCCUCAUCUGCCACAAUUCGAUCAGUAUUUAUUGUCUCCUUCAACAUGUACUGCCGUGCUGAACAUCUAUAUGUCACUUAUCUCUCAAGGACGAGCUCAUGCAUUAGCUCCUUUUUUGCCUACACUUUCUCAAGCAUGUCAAAUGCCUGCAUUUAGCGGGAAUCUUGCAACAAUCUACAAGGUGGGUUUUUUUGCU